GGCAGCUGCUUCCGGGAGAGCCGCCCCGCCCCCACGUGGGACUUGGGAGACCAGAGCGCGCGGCAGCGGUGGCGGGAGUGGCGUCUCAGAUUCCUUAGGGAGGCAGGGACCACGUCUCACACGCCUCUCGUCGCCCUCACAGAGCUGAGCACGAGGCAGAACCCCCAGGAACCCUCAGUUCCAGCCACCCGGCUGCCCUGUGUCCCCCCUGCCCACCAUGCAGCCCCAGUCAGUCCUGCACAGCGGCUACUUCCACCCACUACUUCGGACCUGGCAGGCAACCACCGCCAGCCUCAGUGCCUCCAGCCUUAUCUACCCCAUCUUUGUCACGGAUGUUCCUGAUGACAAACAGCCUAUCGCCAGCCUCCCAGGAGUGGCCAGGUAUGGUGUGAACCGGCUGGAAGAGAUGCUGAAGCCCCUGGUGGAGGAGGGCCUGCGCUGUGUCCUAGUCUUCGGCGUCCCCAGCAGAGUUCCCAAGGAUGAGCGGGGCUCUGCGGCAGACUCCGAGGACUCCCCGGCUAUCGAGGCCAUCCGUCUGUUGCGCAAGAACUUCCCCGGCCUCCUGGUGGCCUGCGACGUGUGCCUGUGCCCCUACACCUCCCACGGUCACUGCGGGCUUCUGAGUGAGAAUGGGUCGUUCCAAGCUGAGGAGAGCCGCCAGCGGCUGGCAGAGGUGGCGCUGGCCUAUGCCAAGGCAGGAUGUCAGGUGGUGGCCCCGUCGGACAUGAUGGACGGACGCGUGGAAACCAUCAAGGAGGCUCUGAUGGCACAUGGAUUUGGCAACAGGGUAUCAGUGAUGAGCUAUAGUGCCAAAUUCGCUUCCUGUUUCUAUGGACCUUUCCGGGACGCAGCUCAGUCGAGCCCAGCUUUUGGUGAUCGCCGCUGCUACCAGCUGCCGCCCGGAGCACGAGGCCUGGCCCUCCGCGCGGUGGACCGGGAUGUACGGGAAGGCGCUGACGUGCUCAUGGUGAAGCCAGGAAUGCCCUACCUGGACCUCGUGCGGGAGGUAAAGAACAAGCACCCUGAGCUCCCUCUUGCCGUGUACCACGUUUCUGGAGAGUUUGCCAUGCUGUGGCAUGGAGCCCAGGCCGGAGCGUUUGAUCUCAAGGCUGCUGUACUGGAGGUCAUGACUGCCUUCCGCAGAGCAGGUGCCGACAUCAUCAUCACCUACUACACGCCUCAGCUAUUGCAGUGGCUGAAGGAGUGAUGGAGAAAGUGUGCAAGACCCAAGAACUAGAACUUUUUAAUUCCUGAGCCUUGGAGAAGUGAAAACCAAAGUAAACGAUGCUUUUAGAACUGUGUGCUCGUGCCCUCUUCCUGCUUACACGCUGGCAGGCGCCCAGAAGCCCUGGGUGGUUUCUGCCAACGUGCCAAAUCUUCCCACUCACAGCCACAUCCUCAUGGGCUCUCCCAGGCUUCCCUACCCCUCCCCUGGGUCAACCCUGAGGCUCACCUCUGCCACCCCAGCUCCUUCCUCUGGGGUGGCUUCAGCUUGAAAGCCACCAGGAAUCAUGGACCUUGGCUCAGUGGGGCCUGGGAGAAAGGCUUGAAGCAUUAACGGAAAAGGAGGGCAGUUGAAUCUUGGACCCUCAAAAGCUCUGGAAAGCUCGAGGCCUCUGGCAGUAGAGCUGGGCACACUGGGACUGAGGCUUAGAUUGACACCCCGGGUUUAGAGUUGAGAUUUGCUGCGCUUCCACUGGAAGGCGAUUCCCACACAGGCCAGUGGUUGCCAGGCUGCCUGAGAUCUCCUGUUGUUCUCUGAGCCAUAAACCCAGAGAAGAAUUACUCA